AUGUCUCACGACACUUACUUUCCCUUCAACAUGGGACCGAGCCUACAUUCCGACGCGUCGGAUGCAAACCAAAACAACCAUCCUCCUCAGCCGUAUAUCCACAGUCACGAUGAGUUCCACCAGAGCAUCGGCGGUGGGACCUGGCCAGACUUCCUGAACCUCGAGUCCGUCGGUGGCAUGUCCACCCUGGAGGUUAAUGGAACCACACAGCCUCAGGGCUCUGCGCACGCGGGCGCCCAACCGUCUUCCGGUCACCCAGAAGCUCUCGGCCCGAGCGCACAGUUGCUUCCCCAGCAAUGGGCGCCGCUCAACGCUCCCAACCACAGCAACUUCGUCGGUGGCAACAUCGGGCCCGGCGCGAACGGUGGCCACCACGACAUCGCGAAUUUCGGACCACCAGUCCAAACACAGUUCAGCGCUGUUCAAGGCGUGAGCCUGGGCCACCCAACGCCCCCGACACCUAUAGGGCCACCCACCCCGAUGUACGAGCCGUCGACGGCUGAGGGCUCGAGCCGCCCACCGUCGGGCGGCCCCCCUCCACCAGGCUUGCCUGACAUCGCCGACAUCCCGCCCACCGGUGCUAUCAUCGGUAUCGGGGAAGUCGUACUCGAACCGUAUGCAUCCUGGCUUUACCGUGCGGUGACAAUUUAUGGGCAAGGGGGCUGGUUGCAUGAGUACUGUCUCUUUCUUUUGAUAUCCAGUCAUCCCGUCUCCGCUCAGAAUGUCAUCGACACAGGUCUCUUGGGCAGUAUCCCACCGUCCGAGUUGUACAUGGCACCCCAACCUGCCCUCGAUUCGAUGUACUACAACACCCAUGCCCAGAUCAUGGCCCUCUACGGCCCGCCCAGCGCCCUAGCUGCGCCCAUGCAAACGCAAACGCGUGGGACAGGCUGUGUCCAACGCACAACCCACAUUCGUCAGGUGCGGCAACACGCGCCGUAUACCACGACGACAACGAACCAGGCUGCCGCCACUGGCGCAGUCCUGGAACGCAACAACACUAGAUCAACCGGCGCCUCUCGCAAGGGAGGUGCCCGCUCGAAAGGCGCGGGCGGAAAAGGAUCGCUGCGCCCCAGCACGGCGAACGCGGUGGCGGGUCCAUCGUCCGCGUCGACGCCGUCCACAUCGGACGCCACGUUAGCCGAAGCGCUUAUCCCUUCCGAACUGUCUCCGCGCGCCAGCAAGAAGGGCUGGAUGAAUGAGGAAAGGGAGGGUGGCUUUACGGGGCCACAGAAGAGCUCGCUGGAUGGGAUGUGUCGCGUAGGUGGUCUGCAGUGCACGUUCCCCGAAUGCCCGAAGCAGGGGGACGUGUAUAGCUCGCACCAGAAACGCAACGAGCAUGUCAUGGGCCAGCACCUUGAUACGCUCAAGGAGCAGUGCGAACACUGUGAGGGAUGGUACUCGCGCAAGGACGCCGUCAAGACGCACCAGAAGACUGGCAACAAGAGGUUCCCGUGCAAGACGUUGAAGAGGGAGUUCGAGAAGACGCACGGGAAGGGGAAGGGGAAGGCGCUGCCUGUAGAUGAGGAGGACGACGACGACGAAGAAGAAGUGGACGUCGCCGAGGACGUCGGGUUUCAAGGAUGGCCGAAGGGUGACGAUGACGAUAACACUGGAUCGGGCGGGAUGGGCGGGAUGUUCAUGACGAACUCCUUUAGUGGGAUCCAUGCGUAUUAA